ACAGAAUAUCCAAGAAAGCCCUUUUGAUCCGUUGAUUCUUAUCCCUUUCCCUUGAUUAUGCUAUUUUAACAUUCGAGAAUAAUUCACACUCAAAAAAUCACAAUAAAGAAAAAUAAAAUAAAAUGUCUACCACCACUAAUCCAGUCUCGACGAUCAUCGCUACCGAAGAAGCCUCCACAACGCUCCUGCAUCGUCUUCACACCAACGAGCGUGCAUUGCGUACUCUCGCUGUCGUCCUUUCAUUGGCAGGAGGCCUUGUUCUAUCAUUCACUCUUGGUGUUGGAAUCUUUGUAUAUUGGUAUUUUCGCAAAUACAAACGUCGACGGCACUCUGUGAUCGAUGAGAAACCAUCUAAAUCCAUGACCGUAUCCAAUACUACCACCUAUGCACCCCACAAUGAAGACUCUGUCGAUAAAGACAUAACUCGUCAAUCCACAACCUUAGAUAAUCCAACGCGUCCUUUAUCUAUACGAAAAGUCUUGCCGGCAUCGCUUCCACCAUUACCGAUGCCACAAGAAUCAGGAGCAGAACCUUCAGCUCCAUCGGCCAAAGAAUUAUGCAUGGGCGUACCGUCAUCGUCGUCGCCAUACGAUAUCCCUCUUUCAACCACACAACAGCAUCAUCACCAUCAUCUUCAUCAGCAUAACUCCAACGUCCCUUUUCUUGCCACCAGUUCUAACCAACCACCCCCAUCCUGUCAUCGCUGUCAUCACAAUGUACUCGAACCUCCCCCACCUGCUUACACACCAAAACCUCCUUGUGAUCAAAGUCAUAUCAAUACAGUUUCCUGAAAAAAAAAAUAAGAAAGGAUGAGAGGAAAAGUAAACAUGUAACGACCAUCAUCGACCAAAACAAAGAAAGGAGAAAAGGGGCAUCC